AUGGCCAUGGCUUUGGCAAUAUUCAAUGAGUAUGCUGGGGUGCUUUCAAACGUCAAUGCAUGUCGUGAAUUCUUCAGCUGGACGGCAUCAGUCAUAACGGCCACUCGUUCUUCACGGAACACCUCAGAGUUGCCAUGCCAAGACAAGGCAGCUGCUCUACGACAGGCUGAAGAGGAAAUUGAGCGGCUGGGGAAUGCUAUUUGGGAGCUAACGACAUCAAUGCCCAAGAUGCUUGAGCUCAUUGAUCAGGUCGAGUUUCUAAGCCAUAAGGAACAUGUGGCUGCUCUCCUCCCGGGUAUCAAGGCUGCAGUGUAUGAUGGAGAGGACCUGUUUGAUGAGUUUGAUUGUGAUGCACUCAAGUUAAAGGUUGAACGCAGCAAGAAUUUGGGUCCAGAUCGAUUGCAUGACACCUGUUUGGAAUUCUAUGACACGGUCAAAUCCAAUGAUCAGAUCAGGAAAGUCAACAGAAUUCAUAAAAAUCUAGAACAUAUCCAUAAGCAGUGCAGGCAUAUGCGCUUGCACAAAGCACCACUGAAGUUUGAUAAGUCAAUUAGGCCAGAAACAACUUCCAACUUUAAUGAGCCAAAAAUGUUUGGCCGGGAAGAAGAACUGAAGAACUUGGUGGCAGCACUAGGAGUUGUUCGUGCACCAAAGAGAGCAAGGACUGAAAUCGAAGAGAGAAUGACAGAGCUGCCUGUGUUUUCAAUUGUUGGCAUGGGAGGUGUCGGAAAGACAACAAUGGCCCAACAAAUCUGCAAGCAUACAGAUGUGAAUAAGCACUUUGGCCCCGAGAAUAUAAUCUGGACAUGUGUUUCAUAUGAUUUUGACAGAAAAAGGUUAACAAGAGAGAUUAUAGAGUCCCUGGGUGGAGAUGCAUCAUCUAAUAAUCUGAAUGUUCUUAUGGGUAAACUAGAAGGCCAUGUCAAGUCCAAAAAGUUCUUACUUGUCCUUGAUGACGUGUGGGACGAUAUCUUGAAGGAUCAUGGGGCGGAAUGGAACAGUUUGUGUGCGUCUUUGAAAUAUGGUGCUGAAGGAAGCAGGAUUUUGGUCACCACUAGAUCUCGUGGGGUUGCUAAGCUAGUUGGGCCUAUGAAUAGUUAUGAGUUAAAGGGCUUACAAGAUAAGGUAUUUUGGGAUUUCUUCAAAGCCUGUGCAUUUGGAUCCGUCAGCUCUUGCAACAACCGGGAGUCAUUGGAGUGCAUUGGUAAAGAGAUUGUUCCAAAGUUGAAGGGCUCCCCAUUGGCUGCCAGGACCAUUGGACGCUUGUUGGCAGUGGAUUUACGUACAGAACACUGGGAAUAUAUAAUGGAAAGUGAACUCUGGAAAAUAGAACAAAAGGAGUUUGACAUUCUGCCGGCCCUUCGACUGAGCUAUAUGUGCCUACCGCAUAAAUUGAAGAGAUGCUUCUCAAUCUGUGCAAUAUUCCCCAAGGAUUACAAAUUUAGGAGGGAUUUUCUAGCUGAUAUCUGGAUUGCACAAGGAUAUGUGGAGGGGCCCCAAGAAGCCUCUAUGUGCUUUGAUGCCCUUGCAAAUCGUUCAUUCUUUCAGAAAGCAUCACCACAUAUUGACUUUUUUUUUAGAAAAGCAUCACCACAUAUUGAUGAGUAUGUAAUUCAUGAUCUGAUGCAUGAUAUGGCACAACUAGUCUCAGCUGAUGAGUGCUUCAUUAUAAAGCAUGCUAGGGACCUAGAUAAUGUUCCUUCAAAUGUCCGCCAUCUGUCAAUAUUGACAAACGGAGAAGUUCGAUGUUCUGAAUUGAAGAGCAUAUGCAACAAGAAAAAAUUGAGGACCCUGAUAUGUGAUGAAUCAUUUAGCAGUGCAGAAGAUUUUGAGCCCGUGAUAAACUGUUGGUUCAAGGAACUGUUGAAAAUCCGUGUACUGAGUAUUAAACUUUCCAGCGUAGUACAGCUACCAGAGAGCAUGGGCAACUCAAAGCAUCUGCGUUACCUUCGUCUUCUUGGAAGUUCAACUUCCUGCACAUUUCCUUCAUCGGCUUGUCGUCUGCAUCGUCUCAAAGUGGUAGAGGGUGGUAGUUGUUUGAUUCAAAGGUUUCCCCCAGACUUCAGUGAUGCCAUCAGCUUACAGAAAAUCAAUUCAAAGGGUUUUGAUUAUAACAAGGACCACUCUGGGAAACUCUGCCUAAAUUGGCCCGAUUCGCAAAUUCCUGAGACGGUGAAGAUGAUGGAAAACCAGAUGGAAGUAUUACCUCACUUGGAUCUCCAACAUUUGAGUGUAAAUGGUUACGGAGGUGAAUCUUGUCCUAGCUGGCUCCGGCCCAACCUGCUGCCAAUGUUGCGCUCCCUUGAAUUUCAUAAGUGUGACAACUUGAAAAGCAUAUCAUUCUUUGUCCCGUUGGAGGGAUCAGUUGACAAUACAGCAUCUUCAGACAACCGUCUUGAAGAAUUAGUCAUAAAAUCUUGUGGUCAAAUCAAUUGGCAAGGCUCGGUGGUCCUACCGACUUCUCUUAGAAGGCUAAUACUUGAUAGAUCAGGCAAUUUCAUGGAUCACUUUGUGAGGUGCUUCCUUGACCUCACCUCCCUCACUCAUUUGUGCAUAAUUCGCUGCGAGUCGUUGACAUCUAUACCCCUGCAUGUGUGGAGAAGCAAUCUUCCAUCCCUGGAGGAACUAUAUAUUGGUUAUUGCGUCAACCUUACAUCAAUGAUCUCUGGAGGAAGUAGUAGCACCAGCAGCAGCGAUGUUAAAGGAUUCUCAUCCCUUGCCAAGAUCCAUAUUGAGAGGUGCCCCAAAUUAUUGAGCAUGGAUGAAUCUUGUCCUAGCUGGCUCCGGCCCAACCUGCUGCCAAUGUUGCGCUCCCUUGAAUUUCAUAAGUGUGACAACUUGAAAAGCAUAUCAUUCUUUGUCCCGUUGGAUGGAUCAGUUGAUAGUACAGCACGUUCAGACAACCGUCUUGAAGAGUUAGUCAUAAAAGCUUGUGCUCAAAUCAAUUGGCAAGGCUUGGUGGUCCUACCUACUUCUCUUAGAAGGCUAACCCUUGAUAAAUCAGGCAAUUUUAUGGAUCACUUUGUGAGCUGCUUCCUUGACCUCACCUCCCUCACUCAUUUGUGCAUAAUUCGCUGCGAGUCGUUGACAUCUAUUCCCCUGCAUUUGUGGAGAAGCAAUCUUCCAUCCCUGGAGGAACUAUAUAUUGGUUAUUGCGUCAACCUUACAUCAAUGAUCUCUGGAGGAAGUAGUAGCACCAGCAGCAGCGAUGUUAAAGGAUUCUCAUCCCUUGCCAAGAUACGUAUUGAGAGGUGCCCCAAAUUACUCGGCAUGGAUGAAUUGCUCAAGCGAGAUUGUGUACCUGGCGUGAAGACCAUUUGGGUUUUCUUUUGUGGAGAGUUGAUGUCCCUCUGUGUUGAUAGGCUCGAGGGGUUGGAAGAUCUGCUAAUUAUAGGUUGUCAUUUUAAGUUGGAUUCGCGGAGGGUAAUGAUAUUACCAUCGUCUCUUAAGAAUCUCCGUGUGGGGUGUUGUGAGGGCAUAGAAUGUAUCAACCUCGCCAAUAGCAACAUGGCAAGUUCUGCACCGGUGCUGGAGGAACUCAGCAUUACGUCCUGUCCAGGCCUCCAGUCCAUUGGUGGUGCAGCAGCUGUUGAUAAAAUAAAGAAAGUGAAUAUAAGGUGGUGCCCCGAGCUCAACGAGAUACAGCAGCCACUCUGCCGCUGCCUUGUUGGCACUGCUGAUGCUGAAAAUUGGCACGAGAAGUACGGGGAAGAGGUUCGACCGGCAUAG